AUGGUGUCGUGGAGUUCCCGAUUUUCAAAAUCCGAGGACGCUGCGGAACUGCAUGCUAUUUUUAAAGGUGACAAUCUCGAUGAUGGGGAUGAUUCAAAUUUGAAGAAACGACGUGCUGGCGGGUCAAAGCUACAAAAACGCUUCUCGCGCGACUUGACACUCACAAACCAGAGAUCCCCAACGUCGACCGUUGCGAUUAGCGAGGAGGAGGUCGCACGCCGUGAAGAGGUGAAGCGUAUCCGCGCUAAGAGAUUACAAGAAGAACUCGGGGACAUACGUGUUUACGACGAGGAUGCGACACCUCUUUGCGCCAGCCCGUUCGGACAGACAUCGAAAGGUGCAGCUAAUGAUUCAGAUGAUACCUCUCAAGACGAUUCAGUAAAUGAUAUUAUCAAUGCUUACUCCAGCCAUCGUGUCGAUCCCGGUGACAAUCAACCGCUCCCAUCUCGCAAAAUGGCCGUCGAUACACCAAACAGGUCGGAUUCGGCCCUUGAGGACCCGGAAACCCCCUUGCCUCCCGUUCUGAACCCCCAGAAUACCCCUAAUAUCGGCGAUACAUCAAUUGGGCGUACCUCUUGGAGACUAUCAUUUACAUCUCCGCAGCGAGCCAGGUGUUUGCGAGCGCUUAGCUUGUCCAAUCCUGAAGACCAGAGCACAAACAAUGCCAACCUGACAGUGCCUACCUCUGAGCAUCCGCCCUCCCCUGGCAAGAAGAAGAGAUGGCUGAACAGCGGAUACCGACGGUCUCUGGAGGCUCAACAUUCCAGUGCAACUUCAGGUGAACUAACUGCAGGACCUCACAUUCCGGAAAAGGCAUCCGCAAUCCCACUUCAUGAGAUGCAAAUCUCCCAACGCUUGGCGUCUGCAGGCACUUACAUUCCACAACAGCAGUCAUCUGAGUACAAAGACAUAACCCUUGACGGCGAACCUGUAAGUCCCGAAGAUGGGUUUCGAGAAAUUAACACCAGAAGAUCUCGAUAUUUUUGCAACAUUUCUGGCUCAGCCUUUAGUGAAAGCAAGGUUCCAAGAACGUGGGGUCAGGUUCUGGGCGAUGGAACUUCAUCAUCGCAUAAACCAGACGAUGAAGAUAGUCCCGGGCAAACUUACAAAUCAUCACCAGGACCGCAGCUAUCGCUAACCAUUAUGCAAGGACAGAAUAUCGUACCAAGUUAUUUGCAGGUUCCGCGUAUUGUAAUAACCAAGCCGGACGAGGAGAUCGAUGAAAUCAACCCCGUGAUCAGAAGACACCAGCAGCACAGCGGAGAAGGCUACUCAUCAAGGGAAAGCAAAAGCCGUAUGAGAUACCCUCUACCUUCCACUUCACCCAAAGCCGACGUGAACGAAUAUAUGGAAAACCCAGUGUGCUCAGGAGCUCCCAAUUCACCUGUGAUGAAUAAGCGUCAGCCCUCUACGCCAUUAACUAGCAAAUUCUCAGAAGACUUCGACGAACCAGGCUCUAAAUCCAGCUUUCGGUCAUCGGUUUUAUCAGCAAUGAGGCUCUCGGGGCUUGGAAGGCUCACUGGAAGCUUUGAUAGCGAAGACCCUUUCGAUUCAGUCACCACUGACCGUCAAUCUGGUCAUAAUAAAGCGAGACCUGCUAAAAAUGGAACUCCCGUUCGAACCGCAUCGAGAAAGGAAUCGGUAUCCUUGGACCGCGCGAAAAGUUAUUCAAUGGAAAGCACGGAAAUUAUGUGGACGAAGGCGUUCCGUCAAUCAAUCGAUGGAAACUCGUGUGGUGCCGAAUCUGGAGUAAGGCAGUCAAGUCCCACUGGAAAACGAAGCAAGCUUGACGGAAAGACUAAUAAUAAACAUACGAAGAGAAACGAACAGACAUUGACCGAUGAAACAGAUAGAUCCAGACGCUCUUCUCGAAGCAAUCGGUCGAGUGUUGUGAUACCCCCAGAGUCCUGGGCUAAUUUCCCGAGCCACAGGCGUGAAAGCCGUCGUGGGAGUACUGAGCACGACGAUGUCGUUGCCAGAUCUGAUUUCGCUAUCAGGGAGCUACUUGACGGACUACAUGGAGAUGCCUCCACUACUAAGAACCCGCAGCAAAAUCAUCAGGAGGAAUCUCUCCGCCAGCGUCUUCCUGGAAGGCUGACUGCGAAAGUUCGGACGUCGUUUGACAGAUUUCUCACCAAACAAAACAAAGCGUCCACCGACACAGCAUAUGGUCUCCACUCGAGUUCAAGUGCAGACAAGGAACUGGGAGAUCUCAAGGCAGAUAUACUCUCUCGCAGCCCUCGUCGCGGUGCGACCCAAAAAUAUCAACGCCCCGAGACCAGUAAACCGAUAUACCAAGGGAUCCCCGAUGCCCCCAACAUUCCUCGUCGGGGCAGCAUGGACGAUCUCCGUGGGAGGAAAGAGACAAGUGACGAUCUCUUCAGGCCAGAGGCGAGGGCAAAAAUCAACCGUGCGAAGCGCAGAGAGAAGUAUAAGACGUGGAGUGGCCGCGAAAAGAGUCACAUGGCGGAUGUGAUGGCGUUGAGGCAGAGCACGGUGGAUUUUAUGAAGCAGGCGCAGGUUAUGGAAGGGGUGGAGAGGGAGAGGGCGUUGAGGGCUGCGGAUGAGGUGUUGGAGAGGAGUGUGGUGCGGUAG